GCGGCGGCCGAGGCGGCAUGGAUCUCAGCGAGCUGGAGAGAGACAAUACGGGCCGCUGUCGCCUGAGCUCGCCUGUGCCCGCGGUGUGCCGCAAGGAGCCCUGCGCCCUGGGCGUCGAUGAAGCGGGCCGGGGCCCGGUGCUGGGCCCCAUGGUCUACGCCAUCUGUUAUUGCCCCCUGUCCCGCCUGGCAGAUCUGGAGGCCCUGAAAGUGGCAGACUCAAAGACCCUGUCGGAGAGCGAGCGGGACAGGCUCUUCGCGAAAAUGAAGGAGGACAGGGACUUUGUGGGCUGGGCACUGGACGUGCUGUCUCCAAACCUCAUCUCUACCAGCAUGCUUGGGCGGGUCAAAUACAAUCUGAACUCUCUGUCCCAUGAUACAGCCGCCGGGCUGGUGCAGUAUGCUUUGGACCAGGGCGUGCAGGUCGCCAAGGUAUUUGUGGACACCGUGGGGAUGCCAGAGACGUACCAGCAGCGGCUGCAGCAGCGCUUUCCCGGCGUUGAGGUGACGGUCAAGGCCAAGGCCGACGCCCUCUACCCCGUGGUCAGCGCUGCCAGCAUCUGUGCCAAGGUGGCCCGAGACCAGGCUGUGAGGAACUGGCAGUUUGUGGAGAAACUGCAGGACUUGGACGCCGAUUAUGGCUCGGGCUACCCCAACGAUCCCAAGACGAAAGCAUGGCUGAGGAGGCACGUGGAGCCCGUGUUCGGCUUCCCACAGUUUGUCCGCUUCAGUUGGCGCACGGCCCAGAGCAUCCUGGAGAAGGAGGCGGAGGAUGUUACGUGGGAGGACUCAGGGACAGAGGAUCAGGAGGGCCUCGGGAGGAUCACGUCCUACUUCAACGAAGGCCCCCGAACCCGCCCCCGCCUCCCCCACAGGUACUUCCAGGAGCGCAGCCUGGAGGCAGCCACUUCUCUCUAGGAGCCAGCAUGUCUGUACCCCCUUUACCUGCCCACCCCCGCCCCCCCAGUUUGUGAUUAAAAUUGUUUAAGGAAAGCCAAGCGUGAGGGUUGUA